ACUUGGUUUGUGCCUUGGCAGAGAUUUAAACAAGAGAGGGCUAGUCUGUUGGUGGUGCAGCGGGCUACUUAAUUUUCCGUUCGUUUCCGAUGAAAUCUUGAUCCGUCCUUUGUGGCGAGGCUACCCACCCCAUCAGCUCUUUUCAGUCCAAAAGACCCAAAGCCACUUGUUGUGGACUUGUGAGUUCUGACAAGGACGCCCGGUUACAGCCGGCGGCCGUGGUAGCUUGGAAAAAUCCUUGUAAAAAUCCGUGGCUACAGCCCAGAGCAAUUCUCACCUAGCUCGAUCUUCCUCCACACUUUACGUGGCUCGUCUUCUUCUUCUCGCAGACACCGCGGGGUCGAAUAUGGACAGUACCGUCCUCCUCCUCUUCUUCCUCGUUUUCUCGCUGCCCCAUGAAACCUUCUCUGCCGAUGACGACGGCCGGUGCAACCGCGAGUGCGGCGACAGGAAGGUCCCUUACCCUUUCGGGUUCUCCUCCGGCUGCCCGAUCCCGCUCUCCUGCGACGGCGCCAGCAGCACCCCGAUGCUGUUCCCCCUUCCCAGAGGAAACGACACGACGUCAACGGCGGCGACGACCCUAUGCAGCGUCGUCUCCUUCAACUCCUCCGCCUCCACCGUCGUCGUCUCCCUCCAGUCGUCCUGCGACCGCACCGUCCAGGAAGCCAGGGCCGCGCUCUCCGGCCCCAACUACGGCGUGUCCGCCCGCACGGGGCUCUUCCUCCGCGGGGGCGGGGGCGAGUGCCGCGCGCCGCGCAACGCCUCCGCCUGCAGCGUGCCCGCCGGGGUCAUGACCAGGCUCCUCCGCACAGCGCAGUGCGGCAUAGGCAACGACACGUCCGCCGCCGCCGCCAGCAUGGCGUGCGUCGCUUCCGCCGCGCAGAACGCCACGGCGGAGACGUUCCUGGACUGGGGGAAGGCGGAGAAGACCAAGUGUGACGGCGUGCUGACGUCAGCGGUCUACAUGGACGCGGAGGAUCAGGGGGCCGGGGGCUCGCUGGAGUUCGGCGUGGCGGAGCUGGGAUGGUGGCUCAACGGCACGUGCGCCGCCGCGGGGCGUUGCGCGGCGAACGCGACGUGCACCGACGUGCGGACGCCGGGCGGGACGGCGGGUCACCGGUGCGCGUGCGAGGCGGGGUUGGACGGCGACGGCUUCUUCGCCCGCGACGGAUGCUACGUACCUCCGAGUGUCUCAAUAUCGCCCCGGCGGAUCCUCCUGCCGGCGGCCAGCCUGUCUGUCAUCGUUUUCCUGGUUUCUAUCACCAUCGUGGCUUGCUUCCUCUUGCGCUGUCGGAAAAUGCGCAAUGCUAGGAAGACGGUGAGACGACUAUCAAGAGAGGCGACCGUAUACCACGACGAACUAGGGGAUAAUGAGCUCGACCAAGGAACCACCGGCCCUCGGCGAUUUUCCUACCAUGAACUUGCUGCCGCUACCAACAAAUUCUGCGACGACGGGGUGCUUGGUAAAGGAGGCUUCGGGUCCGUGUACCGAGGAUUCCACGGUGGCAUGAACCGUGAAUUGGCUGUCAAGAGGGUGUCCGAGACCUCUCGACAGGGCUGGAAAGAGUUUGUCUCAGAAGUGAGGAUCAUCAGCCGGCUCAGGCACCGAAACCUUGUGCAACUCAUUGGUUGGUGUCAUGGCGACGACGAGUUGCUCCUUGUAUACGAUCUGAUGCACAAUGGCAGCCUCGACACCCAUCUGUACGCAACAGAUAGCGUGUUGGCAUGGUCUGUAAGGUAUGAGAUAGUGCUCGGUCUAGGUUCCGCGCUCCUGUAUCUGCACGAAGACACAGAGCAGCGUGUGGUGCAUAGGGACAUCAAGCCAAGCAACAUCAUGUUGGAUGCCUUGUUCACUGCCAAGCUCGGCGACUUCGGGCUCGCCAGGCUCAUCAACGACGGUCGAAGGUCACACACAACAGGCAUAGCUGGCACGAUGGGGUAUAUUGACCUGGAGUGCGUGCUCGCUGGCAGGACAAGCGUCGAGUCAGAUGUCUACAGCUUCGGUGUUGUCCUCCUCGAGAUCACCAGUGGCCGCCGUCCCGCGGUAGUUACUAGAGACGAGGAGGUCGUCCACUUGGUGCAGUGGGUAUGGGAUUUUUACGGCGGAGGAGCGAUCCUUGACACCGCCGACAAGCGCCUGAGCCGCGGCGGUAUUGAAGGUCGGGAGAUGGAACGUGUGAUGAUCGUUGGACUCUGGUGCGCGCACCCCGAUCGCAGCCUACGGCCCUCCAUCAGGCAAGCCAUGAACGUGCUACGGUGUGAAGCGCCAUUGCCAAGCCUCCCGGCGAGGAUGCCAGUUGCAACCUACGGGCCACCAACUAAUUCUUUGGGUUCUCGAACAAUGGUCAUGAGCAGUGUUGGCGGCCGAUGAGGAUGAUCAAAGGGAAUAAUUAUUUUUCUCUGGGACGGAGCCUCAUAUUCCACCUAUGAGGCCUGGCCUUUUCUCCAAAUUGUUGAUAUUUAGCCAUUUCAGCUUCACUGAGAUUUUUGAAUUUUCAUUUUGAUUGUGAAACCUAUAUGAGGCUUCUCUCUCUCUCUCUCCAAAUUGCUGAUAUUGUAACAAUUCUAGCUGAGCAUACAUUUGGGUGUGUUUGGAGUCUAGCCAAAAGGCCCAAAACCCACCUUACCAAAUUUUUGAUCAUGAUCAAAACUUUGGUCUUUGUUUGGAUUGUAGCCAAUAAUUUGGCAAGCCAAUGACUUCUUAGUUCUUA